AUGAAGGACCCGUUACGACGUCCAUUACUUUUCACCUCUGCAUCGAAUCAUGGCCAACUUGCAAUUUCAACUGAUGAAGAUUUUUUAAAUAAUAAUGAAGAGGAACAAAUUCAGCAAAGCUUGGAAGAUGAUCAAUACAAUGCUAAUAGCAAGUGCUGUGGUUCCGAUGAAGGCAUGAACGGAGAACAGUGUACCGAUAAAACAAACUGUCAAAAAGAAUCUUCUUCUUGCACGCACGAGGUACACGAUGGCAAACCAAUGAGUAGUGGUUGUUGUUCAAAGAGUUGUUGUGAGAGAGUCCAUGAAAUGGAAUCAAGCUCUAAACAGCAACCAAAUUGUUGCAGUGGAGAGGGUGGUGACAAUGUUCAAGGCUCUUCUUAUUGUCCAACAAAGAAGAAAAUUCAAUCAAGUAACAACGAGGAAGGCACAACCCAGUCCUUAUCAACAACAACAUCCAAUUUGAAAUUACCCUCUUCGACAUUCAAAAAGAGAAAUUUGCUUAAUACCAAGACAAUCACUCUCUCCAUGUUAAACAAAACAAAACAUCAAAAUAUGGAAGAGAGGAAAGAAGUUGCAAAAGAGGAAGUCACCUCGAAAAAUGUCGAGUCCUGUUGUCCCAAUGACAUUACUAGUUCGAACAAUAACAACAACACUAAGGUUGCCAUCUCACAAGAAGCCACAGUGGCCUCCUGUUGUACCAAAUCAGGCUGUACAAAAAAGAAUACUUCUCACCUUAACCAGAUGGUGACACUCACAGAAGAGGAUAGUAAGACCUCUACUACGACAUCAUUGACAACCUCCACCACCACAACAAAGACUGUGAGCGGAUGUACCAAGUCGUGUUGUAAAAAGACUUCCUCAGAGGGUGGUAGCAUAUCAACAAACACUCAACCAUCACUACUUGCACCACUAGAGAGCUCUAGUAGUCCUUGUUCCAAGAAUACCUCCUCAUGCUGUACGAGUGGAAAAUGCACCAAAAAAUCCACAAGUAUUCAAGAACUCGAUCAUGAUUCACCCACUACCGUUGUGAUCAAUAUGAAGGAUUCCAAAUCGACCAUUCUUCAUCUCACAGUUCAACAACUUCAUUGCUCAGAUUGUGCCAUGAUGGUCGAAGAAACUCUACUCAAACGAAAAGGCGUCUUGCAGGCGAGAGUCAUGGACAUUACCAAUUCGGCACGAAUUAUCUAUGAUUGCACGACCAUUGGAGAGGAUGAAAUUAUUGAACAUAUUGAGAGGUUAGGAUAUCCUACUCGAAAACAGUUUGUUCCUGUUGGAGAUGCUAGCAAUAGUAAUGGUUCUAACGACUUUGGAACGACCAUGAACAACAAUACUUGUGCAGUUUCUUAUUAUUUCCAACAAGAGGUAUCAUCUCAACAAAUCACUCAACUCCAGCAAGGCUUGAAACAACAAUUCGGUAGUGCUCUCUCAGGCUCUUUUUACGAUACUCAAAAGAGAAUACUCACCGUUCAUUAUGAUCCAGAUGAAACAGGUGCUCGUUCUUUGAAGGUUUUCAUUUCUCAUCGCUAUGGGCUCUCCAUUUCGUUAUUCAAUGGUGGUGAUCCACAAGGUGGUGAGCACUCUCAAGCCUCAACAGCCAUUCAAUCCGAGUUGGAACUUUGGAAGAGGAAUUUAGGGAUAUGUUUCGCAUUGUGUUGUCCAAUCAUGUUACUCGUAUUUGUUGUACCCAUGAUGAAGGAAUUGCAUUCUUAUUUAGAUCAAGAAAUUAUUCAAGGCUUGUCGAGAAGUGUCUUGUUAUGUUGGUUGUUAGCGACACCCAUUCAAUUCUAUUUUGGUAAGCCAUUGUAUUUAUCUGCCUACAGAGCCUUAAGGUAUGCCCGCAAGCCCAAUAUGGAUGCCUUAGUCAUGCUCUCUACGACGACAGCCUAUCUCUAUUCGGUCCUGAAUGUUGUGAUUGCAUUUUUCUUGAAGAGUUAUCAUGCGGAGGUAUUUUUUGAAACGAGUGCCAUGUUAUUAACGUUUAUUAUUUUGGGAAGAUUUUUAGAGAUUUUAGCGAAAGGACAAACUUCAAACAUGUUGUCGAAGAUGAUGGAAUUGAAAGUGAGUCGUGCCUUAUGGAUUCAUACACAAGCAAGUCCAGAAGUGAACUCUAAGGGUGGUUCGUCAUCGUCGUUGUCGUCUACAACCACCACCACUCCUAUUGCUCCUACGACAACUACUAUUACAACAACUACAACUACUACUAGUAGUAAUAUAGACGUUAAGGUGGGUGAAAAUAGUCAUUCUCAAGAACAUUUACAAGAACUACUCCUCUCACACAUGAAUUCCAUGCACUCAUCAUGUACAUCUCAACAACACCCAGUACUCAUUGAAGAAGAAAUUGACAUCCAUCUUGUUCAAAGAGGUGAUAUUCUCAAAGUAUUGCCAGGAUCAAAAAUUCCCACCGAUGGUAUGGUCAUUCAUGGAACCACAAGUGUCGAUGAAUCCAUGAUUAGUGGUGAACCUUUACCUGUUCCAAAGAGAGUCCGCGAUUCUGUAUUCGGAAGUACGAUCAACCAAAAUGGAACCAUCUACAUGAAGGUUACAAAAAUUGCCUCAGAAAAUACCUUAUCUGCCAUUGACAAACUCAUUCGUGAAUCACAAUCUUCAAAAGUUCCUAUUCAAAGAAUUGCAGAUACAGUGAGUGCUUAUUUUGUACCAAUAAUCAUGAUCAUGUCUGGAUUGGCAUUUGUAUUGUGGAUUUCUCUUGCUUAUGGAGGUGUGUUAAAAUUGCCUGAAAACAUGCACCCUUUUACUUUUGCAUUGCAAUUUGCAUUGGCUAUAUUGGUGAUAUCGUGUCCAUGCGCCAUUAGCUUGGCAAGUCCUACUGCCAUCAUGGUUGGCAUUGGAGUGGCUGCUAAAUUUGGUGUUUUAGUGAAAAGUGGACAAGUGAUGGAAAUGUGUCACAAAGUGAAUUGCGUUAUAUUUGAUAAAACUGGAACUCUCACUCAUGGAAAACCUAUUGUGACAAAUGUUGAAAUUUUGGAAGAACAUGCUUCAGAAUGGAGUGAAGAACAAUUCCUUCAAGUCAUUGGAAGCGCUGAAUUAGGAAGUGAACAUUUAUUAGGAAAAGCCAUUGUUGAACAUGUUCAAUCAUUGAAUAAGGGAAUUUCAUUGUCACAUCCAAAAGAUUAUGUGGCUGAGCCUGGUAAAGGUCUCACUUGUUCCGUUACCAUCCAUCCUGCACACCCAUCAUCAAAUUCUUCUGGAGGAUAUCCUGCACACCCAUCAUCAAACUCUCCUGAAGGAAUUUCCUAUUCUGUCAUUGCAGGUCAUUUUGAUUUUAUUAAGGAACACACAUUCAUUACUUUUUCUCAAUCCUUCCAAGAUCGAAUUCAUCAAUUAGAAAAUGAAGGUAAAACAGUAGUAUGUGUCGUCAUUCAGUCCAAACUCAUUGGAAUGAUUGCAUUGGCAGAUACUCCAAAAGAAGAGGCCUCUCUCGUGGUGAAAGAAUUGAAAAAACGUGGAAUGGAUGUUUGGAUGAUUUCAGGAGAUAAUCCUCGUACGGUUCAAUACAUUGCCUCUCAGAUUGGAAUCGAUCAAUUCAUUGGAGGAGUAUUACCUGCAGAAAAGGCACAAAAAGUGAAAGAAUUACAGAAUGGUGAGCUACAACUUUCAAGUCACAAUGAACCUCUCUCAAAUACCAUUUCAUAUCCUAGACAUGACAAUAAUAAUUCGAGUAACAAUAAUGGACCCCUCUCAACUACCAUUUCCAAUCAUGAGAACCAUGAUGGAAAGGAUCAUCCUCAUGGAAAACGAGUAAGGAAGGUAUUAAUGGUGGGAGAUGGUCUCAAUGAUGGAGCUGCACUCGCUACAGCCGAUGUGGGAAUCGCCAUUGGAGCUGGUUGUGAUGUUGCACUUGAAGCUGCCGAUGUCGUGUUGGUGAAGAGUGAUUUGAAAGAUGUGUUAGUGGCUUUGGAUCUAUCAAAAACGACCUUUCAGAGAAUUAAGAUGAAUUUUGUGUGGGCUUUCUUUUACAAUUUGAUUGGAAUUCCAUUGGCUGCUGGUGCCUUGUAUCCUGCAUUGGGAGUUGUGAUACCACCUGCAUUGGCUGGUCUCUCAGAGAUCUUCUCUUCAUUGCCUGUUGUGUUAUUUUCAUUGUUGUUGAAGACAUUCAAACCACGUUCUUGUAUUUCUUCUGAAUGA